AUGCAGCCGCUAGCUGAGCUUCCUCUCGCAGGCAAUCGGUUUACUCUUGGAGAGGCUUUCAUGACCUUAUGGAUACUGAUCAUGACUUUUGGUCCGACCAUAUACUGGUUUCCAACCCACUGGGAUUUCUGGGGACUUCGCACCGACCAUCUGAGCUGGCUAUCUGCCAAGAUUCAGCUCACCAUUACGGGUGUAACCGGACAUUAUGCGGACGUCCUUCUUGGCCUUCUGAUCAUACCGGUGUCGAGAAAUAGUCUUGUUGGACAGGCAUUCUCUGUGCACCACGGCACAUUACUUUUGGCUCAUCGACUCAUUUCCUAUCUUUUCUCGAUCGCCGUCGCUGCGCAUGGCAUCACGUAUAUUGUUUAUGCUACAGAUGGCAGCAGCGAAGGUGACGAAGCCAAAGAAGAGGCUUUGGCAACAGGAAAUCCAACAAUGACUUUGUCAGAGAGCAAACAGCGAAGCUCAUGGUUUGUGCAGACCACAUACACUGGAAUCGCCGCCUUCCUGCCGAUCUUAGCAGUCCUCAUCACUUCACUCCCAUACAUUCGUCGUCAACACUACAACUUGUUUUACUAUACUCAUGUCAUCUGUGGCAUCGUUAUUUUUGUUGCUUCCUGUAUCCAUGCCAGUACCGACUUCUAUCUUCUUCUCCCUGGCUUGCUGCUGUGGAUAGGGGAUUGGUCGAGGAGAGUCUUCUUCGGAGAAACCAAUGGCUUGAGUACGAAGACUGUCGCCACGCUCGAGAAUAUAGGCGGGAGCUGGAUCAGAAUCUCGCUCCCUGUGAAUAGUUCUGGACAACAGAUGACGGAGAAACCCGUACCGACCUGCGAGCCUUUACUGUAUUACUACCUCAAUGCUCCAGCCGUCAGCAGGUUCCAAAGUCAUGCUUUCACGGCUGCCGUUUCGGCUUCUGCUAGUCAUGGACCGAGAUUCUUACUUCAACGAGUGAGCGGCAAGUCUCAAAAGAGACUUGACAAAGAAUGGACUUGGAAGUUAGGGACUUUGGUACCCAAUGUCCAAGACAGCCGAGAUCUGGAAAUCCGACUCGAGGGACCGUAUCGCAUCAACGAUACCGGCUACAUCAAUGCAUCUCACAUAUUGUGCGUUGUCGGCGGGACAGGUGUUACCGGAGCUCUAAGUCUAGCACGUUGGUGGCUGGACGCCGGGUCUGUAAAUGGUCAGUUCACCUUGAUUUGGACUUUGCGUACCCGAGAGUCACUCGAGUUGAAGGAGUGGACAGAUCUCACGGACAUAGCGACUAACAAUAGCAGCCUCGAAAUCAGGUCACAUAUAAGCUCUGAAAACGGGCGUUUAGAUACUGCGUUGAUACUUAGGGAAGCCUUUAGAGUGGACAACGUCAUGGCUGCUAAUGCUCGUGGAGACGGGUGGGUCUAUAGCGCAGGACCCGAUGCCCUGAUCAAGGCGACUGAGCGAUCAUGUAUCGGGGUACGAAAGGAUCUGAUGAGGAGCAGAAAGAGUGGCGAUGAAGGGACCUGGGCACUGAAAGAUAUCUCUUGGUACUUCGAAGCCUAA